AUGCUAAAAGAAGAGUAUGAGACUAAACGUCUGUCCUUCGAAGAGAAGAAAACCUUCUGCAAAAACCUCUCUCAUGAGUAUGAUAAGCUCACCGAAGUUGCUUGUCAAGCAUAGUCUACACUCGAUGAACUGGAACUUUUCAUCGGCAAUCCUUUCCACAUUGAUCCUAAUACCGCCAAAACUAAGGCCUAAGCAGAUAUAGACUUGUAAGUUACUAAUCUGAAGAUGAAGGUCAACAGAAACCAAUACACUACUCACUCGGACUUACUCGUCGAUCUUUAAAGAGAGGUCACAUCCCUCUCAUGCUAGAUCAAGGAGCUUGAGUAAUAGGAACUCAAAAUUGAGUCUAAGAUAAAGAGAACUCUAUUAGCCAACGCCACCUAUGCUCAAAAACAAAAGUUUGAACACCUUCAAGAGUUAGAGUAAUUAGGUAAGGAUUUAUCUCACGGGUCCUUAGACCCUCCUCCUGAGGUCAAGAACCUUAUCGAAUACAGGAGAAUCUGUAUGAAAUUUGAUGAGAAACUACUCAUCCCUUUCAAGGCCAAGAUACUGAUGGGCCAGCCUCUUUCAGACUGGGACCUAGACCAACUUAAGAUACAACAAAAUGGCUUAGAUGAAAGAAGGAAAAAACACAAGAAACCUCGCUACAGGAAAACCCUUCAGAGACCACCUCCAUAAUAGUCUAGCCCUAAGUAAAAGCAGGCGACACCUCAGAGACCUAAAGGAAUCCUCAAGAAGGUUACCUUCGUGGAGGAAGAACAAAAGUCACCUCCUCCUAAACCUGUUCAAUCUUAAUUUCAAUAAGAAAUUUUACCAAAACCACCAUCUUUAUCUUAUCUUUUAGGCAAGAAACACCCGGGCUUCAUGCCCAAGAAAGUAUAGGUCACCCCCUAACCAAAAGAAAUAGCCUUGCCUCCCUCUUUGAACAAGACAAGCAUAUUUGAUAUCAUUGAAGAAGAGGAGAAAUCUAAGAAACCUUUGCUUAUUCACGUCGAGGAUCAAGAAGAGAAACCUUAAGGACUCAUUCCUGACCACGCUGAAGACUAGAAGGAAUUACCUCCGGAACUCUAGGCCCUAAUUAACGAGAACAUUCACUUACAAGAGUUUUUCUUUGAUUCACCUCUUAAGAUCGAACAGUUCGAAGAGAGUAUCCCGGAACACCUCAAGGCAGCCCUUCUUUUCAUUGAUGAAGACUCCACUGUCCCUGACAGUAAUCCAGACCAGGAUGAAGUACAGCAAGAAGAUGUAGUACAGCAAGAAAACGUAGUACAGUAAGAAGAGGCAGUACAGCAAGAAGAUGCAGAGAUAUCUUCGGAGUUUACUACCUUUAGGACAACUAUAGAGGAAUCUAACUAGAGAGUUAUCUCUCAAGCUGUCAACCACAUUGAACCUCUCCAUCCUAAUAUAGUAAGAAAAUUUUUCAUGGAUGACUAAAGACUAGCAUCUAUCAUCCAAAUAGAAGAUUUUAAAGAUUAAGAGGCUGCUUUUCAAUGGUAAAAAGACCUUGGUCCAAGGAUUUAGGAUUAAGGUUCUGAUAAAACCAAGGAACCCGUCACAGAACUUCUUACCGAAGUCUUCAAAAGGGUCAAUACCUUUCCCCCUCCAGUACAGAUGUAAUUAGGAAGGUUCCUACAUUAGAUACUUGUAUUAUCACAUCGACAUGACUCUUAAUAAGCCUUGUCUUUUGCUACUGAUACUCUAAAACUGUUAGGCUUUGAAUCCUCUGUUAUUACUAACUAGUUACGAACUUUUAGCUUCAAGCAUCUAGUGUUUGACUAGAAUUCCAUACGUCUCCCCACAGAAACUAUCAGUAUUUUUCUAGAUGAAAUUAUGAUUAGAGCCAACACUCCCUCCUCCAACUCUGCUUAGUGGAUUGAGGAUAAAAUUAUCGCUUUGACGACCUACUUCCUACUUACCAGAAUUACACUGCUUAAUUUCUGGGAUCUAUAGGUCUUCGAAAGCUAAAAGGAAUAAGUGCUGUCUAGAGAAAGGAUCCUUGCUUUGCAUGACCUCGCCUCUAGAGUCCUCCAACCAUCUAUACUAUAAGUCAAUAUUCCUUAUGAGAAAGUUAGAGCUAUUAGCAUUUCAGUUAUGAAUCUCUUCUACGCUUACUAUACUGACUAACUUAUUUUUAUGGAAAAGCUGAUUGAUGAUCAAUAACCUCCUGUUCACUCUAUUUUAAAACUUCUGAAUGUAAUCGAAUUGGAAAAAGAUUCUACGCUCAUGAUCCUCAUUGACAACACCUCAGCUGCAUAGUCAUUCAGAGACGCUUUCUUCCUAGGCUUCCAUGAUUUCUAAAUGCUUCCUACUUUUGUAAGAAUGAUCGAACAACACAUUGAAGUCUACGUGAUUCCUAUCGAGGUGGAUCCCCCUGAUGAAAUCAUGAAUUAAAUCAAAAGAUUGGUCCCUAAUUUCUAACAAGAAGAUUGGACAGUCUUUGAACAUAAACUCUUUAGCUUUUGCUAACUCCCUAAUCUGCUAUAGAAAGACUUCAUCAUAAACUAUGCAGAUAGUUCUAAAUAAUUACAUGAAAUUUGGCCAAAAGAACUUACUGAGGAUACCAUGGACAUUGAAAUAAAGAAAAUUUAAAAUUAUAAUAAUAAUAAGAGGAGUUUUAAUUAAGGAGACUUCAAAUAUUAGGUGACUGACAAAAAGCACUUCACCAAAAUUUACACCUACCCAAAGCAAAUUCACACAGAAGUAGAUUAUAAAAGGGUAGAAGAAUUAUAAUAAAUAAAUUAGAAAAAAGUGCGAUAGCCCUGCCUGGACCUAUAAGAAUAAUAGGUCCGUGGCCGUCCACAGCCAUCACAACUGAGAGAGUCUAGUAAAGGAAAGCACAAAGAGAGAGAGACCUCAAGUAAUAGGGUCAAAGAGAUGCUCAGUAGUGCGAUAUCGAUGGUCACUGGUGCAUGGCGGUAGCCCAGUUGA